AUGUUACUUUCAACGAUGCUUCGAUCUAAUUACAACACUCGCGUUCAAGUGCUGAAAAUUUGUCGUCGUAUGUUGUCUUCGAGAGCCACAAAAUACAAGCUGACCUAUUUUGACGCUCGUGGAACAGCUGAAAUCGCAAGACAGCUUUUUGUCCUGGCCGCCGAACCAUACGAGGAUAUUCGAGUUGAUAAGGCCGAUUGGAUGAAACUCAAACCAGAAAUGCCAUUUGAACAGUUGCCUGUACUUGAUGUGGAUGGUAAACGCCUCGCACAGUCCUACGCUAUUUGUCGUUUUUUGGCCAGACGGUUUGGAUACACUGGUAAGACACCGUUCGAGGAGGCUCUCGUGGAUUCGGUAACAGAUCAAAUUAAAGACUACAUGUUCGAAAUAAGGCCGUUCCAAGUCAUAGUUAUGGGAUUUGUGGCUGGUGACCUGGAAGCACUAAAAAAAGAUUUAUUUCUACCAGCACGAAAGAAAUUGUUCAACUAUAUGAAGAAAUUCUUGAACGAGAGCUCAUCAGGCUAUCUGGUUGGCGAUUCUCUGACUUGGGCAGAUUUAUAUUUAGCGGAACAUGUGGCGGUCUACGGAGAAAUGUUUCCUGAAAUGUUGGAAGGAUUUCCUGAGAUUAAAGCUCACUCGCAAAAAGUUCGCAGCAACAAAUUGCUGAAAAAAUGGAUAGCAUCUCGACCAAGGACAAAAUUCUAA